UGCAGUACACUUAGUAUGAAUGAGACCACGGCAAACUUCACAAGGGAGCGACGAUGAUGGCACCUUGCCAGUUUUUAUAUCGCCCACCGAAUUGAAGUAUUACACAGAUGACAUCUCCUCCCACAAACAAGUCGUCACCAUUUACAAUCCCUAUUCUUACACUCUAAAGUACAAAGUUUUGUGCACUGCACCCAGAAAAUACCAUGUUAUAGAGAGUGAAGGACUGAUAAAAUCUCACUGCCGUAUUGAUGUAGUUAUCCGACACAAAGAACCCCUUGAUGAGUCCACUCUUGAUAAAUUUCAAAUUCAGCUCUUUGAUAAUGGCAGUUCGGCUAUCAGGGGACACAAACAAGUUAUCAGCCACGUGCUUCCAAGAAAACCAAAGGUGACAGUUCAAGAAGCUCCUAUGCAGCAGCUCCCUCCUCCUGAACACCAAGAAACCUUUGCAGUCACUGAGUCCAAUACAGAUAGAGGACAGCACCGUAUGGACCCACUAGUUCUGCUUGUGGCAGCAGUAUGUGGGAUGGCACUGCUACUUCCUACCUGGCAGGUGGAUAGUUCCACUCUCCCACCUUAUCUUCAUCUUACAAUCCACCAGAAACUGGUGGUGGCGUACGUCCUGGGACUCGUUACCAUGGUAAUUCUACACUUCUAAGUGCGUUACACUAUCCGAUUGAAGAACUUGCAACUCUAGAUAUGCUAAAAUACUCUAGUAGCAGAGCGGAGUUUAGAGAAGUGACUCAUGGCAAUGGUGAAUCUGAUCAUUACUGACAUAGUAAUCACCUGUUGAACUGGGCUGGAAUUUUAUGGGCUAACUAGUUUUGACUCCGACGGUGGAUUAAGCCCGGACCAUUUAUGCAGUUGAUAAAAAUGAAAUGGUAACAAAGUUUUAACCUUCUUUAAAAUGGGAGCCAUUUCAGAAUUGAUCAGUUUAUGGUAUUAGUCAAAAACUCUUGUUAGUGUUACCGAAUUGUAUUGCUCAGUUCUAUAAUCCUAUUUGUAAGAUUGUUUAUUGGUAUAUCAAUAUAGAUUUUAAUGCUUACAAUAUAAUCGAGAUAAACCCGACCCUACUGUUAUCUGAAUUCACUAAAGUGAUUGAUAAAAUUUUAUUUGUGAAAUUGGAAAUAAUCCUCCAUGAAUGGUACUUAUUAUUUAUCUUGAAGAAAUUUGUGUUUAA